GUAUUCCUCUGUGUGCGGGUAUUGCUGUUGCGUCUGCCGUUGGCUGCGAGGACACCUGUUUGGCCUAUCGUAAUGACUGAGUUGAUUCGGGUGUUUUCGGGGGCUUUGAGCUCGUCUCUUCCCCCUCUAGCAGGAGCACCACCACCAGCAGUAGCAGCACCUUUAGUACCACCAGCAGCAGGAGAUCCUGUCAAUAUGCAGGGCACACCGCUCUCGCUGCUGUCUGCAGGGGUAAAAGUAGUCGAGCUGGCAACCCUCUUAGACCUGCCAGACUUUAGUUUGUACCGCUGGGUAUUCCUAGCGGAUGACUCAGCUGCUGCAGCUGCAGCUACGGCAGCAACCCCAAACCAACAAUACCAACACAAUUCCCGGCUGCCUACCCUGCUAACGAAGAGCAAGCAGCAACCCCACCCUGCUGCUCUCGUCUAUGCAAACCAGCAGCAGCUGCAGCGCGAUAUAUUGGUGGAUAGUGGGGGACAGUCAGCGCCUGCUGCUGCUGCGGAAGGUGCAGCAAUAGCAUCACACGAUGAGGAAAUAGCGUAUGCGGAGACAGACAAUACGAGACCGGUCUCAGCAGCAGCUGCAGCAGGAACAGCAGCAGCGGGCGCAGCGCAAAUCACCGGGGGAGUAGUUUGUGUCAAUGCAUCUUUGCCUCCCGUCGAAAGCCCAGCAAAUGACAUUGGCGGCAAUAGAAGCAGCAGCAGCAGCAGAAGGAGCAGCACGACACCCAGCGAGGUGUCAACAAUCAAUAGCUCUGCCACAUUUCGACCUUUUCUGAGUGUUCUGGAAGAAAGAUACGAAGAGCAGCAGCAUCAGCGGCAAGGAUCAGGUGGAGACCUGGAUAGCGUACCUGUUGCAUCAGGACCGCAUGAAUCUCCCGAUGCUGGAAACAGCAGCAACAGUAGCAGCAGCCUUGCCGCCGCAGCGCGCCGGCUGAAUCAGAGAGCAGCAGCAGAGCCAAUCCAGAAGAUUGGUCCUGAAGACGAAGAAAUCCGCAGAAGCAUUGAAGACGACUUGCUCGAAGGCCCGGAGGAGCUAAGGGAUCUAUGGUGUGAGCUGCCACUUCAGGUGCUCCUGCAACGGCAGUGGUGUCUGUAUACCUCAGGCUUUGAGCUGCUGCUGCCAGCAGCAGCAGGGUCGGGGCCUCCGCCUGCAUGCGGCAACCAAGAAUUUUAG